CCCCCACAGCACCUCCCCCACAGCUGCUGCUUUCUUCCCCGCUCCGCUCCACCCGCCGCCCGAGAUGGAUCCGGCGCCGGCGACCCCGCGCUGGAACCUGGAGAGACCGUACCUCACCGGUCGGUUCCACCAGGAGGCCAUGGCAGCUGCGGCGGCGCAGGCGCCCGGAUCCAAGCCGUUUUCCCUCGACUCCUUCAGCCGCGGCGCCGGCGCCAGCACCGGGAGUGUCAUCGGAUCGUACGCAGUUUCGGUGCAGGAGCUUUUGGUGAUAGAUGAUUUGCUAUCAGCUCUGGUGGGUAUUGAGGGACGAUAUAUUUCUAUUAAGAGAGUACGUGGAAAGGAGGGCUAUGUUGUCUUCCAGAUUGAUUCAUCAAUGGACCUUGCCCUCCAGGAAUUGACUCGCAGAAUCUUCCCUUUGUGUGAGGAUUAUGUGCUGGUAAGCCAGUUUGUGGAGUCAAGGUCACAUUUCAAGAAUGGUCUGGUCAACCAUGCUCUGGCUGCAGCUCUAAGAGCAUUCCUACUGGAUUAUCAGGCGAUGGUUGCUCAACUGGAGCACCAGUUCCGCCUUGGAAGGCUUUCUGUUCAGGGAUUAUGGUUCUUUUGUCAGAGGAUGAUGAGUUCACUGAAUGCACUGGCAGUUCUAGUGGAGAAGGCUACUUCCAACAAUACCAGUGGUUCGGCAACACUUAAUCUACUUCAAAGCCAGGCAAAGGUGAUGGGUGGUGAUAGUGCUGUUCGGUCUUUACUGGAGAAGAUGACAGAAUAUGCAAGUGCAGCAUACCUCAGGAUGCUAGAAAGGUGGGUGUAUGAGGGAGUUAUUGAUGAUCCUUAUGGUGAAUUCUUCAUCGCUGAAAACAAAUCUCUGCAGAAGGAGAGCCUCACUCAAGAUUAUGAUGCCAAAUAUUGGCAGCAACGAUACAGCCUAAAAGAAGGAAUUCCUAGUUUCCUUACUAAUGUUGCCGCAAUGAUUCUGACAACAGGAAAGUAUCUUAAUGUUAUGAGAGAAUGCGGGCACAAUGUUCAGGUUUCCUUAGAAAAUUCUAAGCUUAUGAGCUUUGGCUCAAAUCACCAAUAUCUUGAAUGUAUCAAAUCUGCAUAUGAUUUUGCAAGUGGUGAAUUGUUGACUCUGAUGAAAGAUAAGUAUGAUCUCAUUGGGAAACUGCGAUCCCUGAAGCGCUAUCUACUCCUUGACCAAGGUGACUUUUUGGUCCAUUUUAUGGAUAUUGCUCGAGAGGAGCUUACGAAGAAACCAGAAGAAAUAUCUGCUGAAAAACUUCAGUCUCUGCUUGACAUUGCUUUGCGGAGUACUGCGGCUGCUUCUGAUCCAACUCAUGAAGAAUUAAUUUGCUGCGUGGAACGAAGUUCCCUCCUUAAGAAACUGGCCACUCUGAAAGACUUGGAUUGUGCUUGCCCUGCAGAUAAGCUUGCUGCAGCAGAUGUUGAUCAGUCGAUGCAAUUAAGCAUCACGGGUUUGGAAACAUUCUGCCUUAGCAAUAAGGUCCAGUGGCCACUAUCUCUUGUAAUUUCAAGGAAGGCUUUGACAAAAUACCAAUUGAUCUUUCGUCUAUUGUUUCACUGCAAGCAUGUUAGUCGUCAGCUAUGUGCAGCAUGGCAAAUACAACAAGUAUUCCGUUCCGUCAAGAUUCUAGGAACACCAAUUUUACGGUCAUCAAUUCUCUGUCGCAGCAUGCUUAAGUUUGUAAAUAGCCUUCUGCAUUAUCUGACAUUUGAGGUUCUUGAACCAAAUUGGCAUUUGAUGCAUGAUCGCCUUCAAACUGCAAGGAGCAUAGAUGAGGUCAUCCAGAUCCAUGAUUUCUUCCUCCAAAAGUGUCUAAAAGAAUGCUUGCUGUUGUCGCCUGAACUCCUUGUGAAAGUCGAGAAGCUGAAAGCUUUAUGCCUUCAGUAUGCCACUUCCAUCCAGCUCCUGAUGCCAUCCAUCGAUGUUGCCAACUCCGAGAAUACAGCGAAGGCCAGGAAGUCAAGGUCAAGGACAAAUAAAUCGCAGGACAGAGACCAGCAGCUGAAACUGGCAUCAGAGAAUGUCGUCAUGUCGGAGUCAAUCCUGAAAUUCGAAGCGGCGUUCAAUUCAGAGCUCCAGAGCCUGGCUCCCACACUGAGCAACAGUUCACACGCGGAGCCGUACCUGACCCAUCUCGCGCAGUGCAUCCUUGGUGUGCGAGUCGACCAAACGCGGCCACGCCCACAGCUCACUGACACACGCGCCGCGCGCCGAGACACACGGUCGGCGGGGCAGGCCACGAGACGGGAGCCCGGCGAUCUCCCCCGACCCGCGCAUUACCCGAGCGCGCUCGCGUCCGCGUCCGCGGCUGAGGAGGACCCGAUGGUGGGCGGCGGGGGGCGCCGCGCGACGACGGCGGCGGCGCUGGGGCGGUGGUGCCUGGUCAUCCUGGCCGUGGCCUCCGCGCUCGGGGUCUCCGGCCCCGCCUUCUACUGGCGCUACAAGAAGGGGUUCUCCGCCUCGCCUUCCUCCCCCGCGGCGGUGUCCUCCUCCCCCGCGUGCCCGUCCUGCAGCUGCGACUGCCCGGCGCCCCUCUCCCUCAAGUCCAUCGCGCCAGGGCUUGCCAACUUCUCAAUAACAGAUUGUGGAAAAAAUGACCCUGAGCUUGCUAAAGAAAUGGAGAAGCAAUUUGUAGAUCUCCUCAAUGAGGAACUCAAGCUCCAGCAGGUUGUAGCUGAGGAGCACAGCCAUCACAUGAAUGCCACUCUUGUUGAAGCGAAAAGACAGGCUACUCAAUACCAGCGAGAGGCAGAGAAGUGUAAUGCAGCCACAGAGACAUGCGAGGAAGCUCGGGAGCAGUCUGAGGCAGCAAUUUCAAAGGAGAAGAAACUCACGGCACUGUGGGAACAACGAGCUCGGCAACUGGGUUGGCAAGAGUCUCGAGCCUCAAGCAUGUGAUAGCUUGACUAGUUCUGCAUCUCUUUCUCUUCUUCAGGCAAAAUUAUUUCUGGUAGCUGCAAGUGUUGCGUCUUGCAGCCAAACCGAGCGUUGUUAAUUGUACGGAUCCACUUGUAAUGUCUGUUUAUGUAAUCUCAGUUGCCACAGUUUUUGAGUCCCAACGUUGUAGUUCCAGCUUCCCUACAAAUGUAACUAGUAUACACUUGUCUAGAUAUUUUGAAGUUUCAGAUAGCGCUGUUGAGAAACUGAAUUCAGUGUGAUUGUGGAGGCCUAACUGUUGUAGACAUUCAAUUCAAAUGUGGAUGCCGAAAUGUACUCAUUUGAAGGC